AUGCCGUCACUCCCCUCAGCGUCCAGACCGGUCAAGCCCUUCCUCCCGCGUUUGGUCGACCUCCCCCUCAUCCUCCUCUUCCUCGCUUCCUCCUCCUCCGCGGACGGGGUUUCGCUCGGCCGACCCGGAUCCCCCGCGGAGCCCAGCGCGGACAUGCUGAAGGCCCUGGAGUACGUCCAGAGCCUCCAUCGGAGGUCCGACUGGGGCCUCCGGCCGCCGGCCCCCCCGGCCGUCCACCGCGAAGACCCCGGCGAGGCGGAGGAGGGGGGGGAGGACAGGAGCGAGGAGCUGCUCCGGGCCGUGCUCAGCACCCUCCGGCAGACGGAGCGGGCCCCCGGGCCCCGGGGGGCCGAGGGCGGGUACCCCAGGGGGCCGGACGCCGCCAACCCCCCUCCCCGCCGGACGCCAAAACCAGAGGAAGGGGACGAGGAGGAGGAGGAGGACGAGGACGAGGAGGAGGCCGGGUACGACAAACGCACCAACGAGAACGUGGAGGAGAAGUACACGCCCCAGAGUCUGGCCACGCUGCAGUCCGUCUUCGACGAGCUGGACAAACUGACCGGGUCAAAGGUCGCGCACAAGCGCCAGGACGAGGAGGACGACGCGGAGGACGAGGAGGAGGAUGAAGAGGAAAACGAGGAUCUGUUUAACGGGGGGAACGCAGUUUUCGAUGAAAUGGGCAGAGACCGUGGUCCACUGGAAGACGAGGAGGAGGAAGAGGAAGAGGAGGAGGACGGAAACAACGAAGAUUAUCCAGGGCUUGAUUACAUCGACAACAAUGACGAAGAAGAUGAUGAAGAGGAGGACAACCCAAGCUUUUUAGUCAAGAGGUCAAGCGACGCCAACGAUCUGGCCAGUUUAAUGGACUACUACCUCCUCAGAGUGUUGGAGAAAACGGAAGAAGAGCAGCGGAAACUAAAAGAAGAGGAAGAAGAGCAAAACAGAAACAACCUAGAUCCACGAGUCGUCUACAGACUCCUCACGGUGGCUCAGAAAUACCAGAUCCCUCCCGGAGACUUGAUGGACCUGCUCAAGACGGGAAACGGGAUGAGUUCGGACAGGCAGCGAAAGAUAAACGAAGCCCCCCGAGCGAAAAGCAGGUUCCUUCAGGCGUCUUUAAAGAAGCCGUACCAGAUCCCCGAAGAGCAGUUCUACGGCAGGAAGAUUCCGGAAGAGAGGAGGACGGAGGACAUUUUGAGAAUGCUGGGCCUCGGAGGAGAAGAUGCCAGUAGGCCGUCUACGCUUCGCCCUCGUCCAGCCGGGCGAUUCCUGGCGUCCUCCCCAACACAGCGGCGGCUCCAAAAACCUCUUAGGGACGAUUACGAUGACACGGCAGAUCAGGACCAGGACCAGGACCAGGACCAGAACCGGGACCAGGACGAGCUGGCGGCCUAUCUGGCUGCUCGGAUGCUGGCGCGGUACCCCAAACCGGCACUAUUCAGCAACAGCAACAAGCAAAAGCAGGAGGAGGACAGACCGAGGGGGGCGGGCUCCUUCAAAAAGGCCGUAGAGAAAUAUUUCGAUCUGAUGGAAUCCAACAGAAGCCCGAACGAGAAAAGACAAUCCGAGGACGACGGCAGGAGCGAGGGCUUCGAGAACGAGGCCGUCAUGAAACUGUUGAGCUACCUGAACCCAGAAACGGAGGAAAGCGAUGCCAAAACAGCCUGA